AUGCCGAAGCGGGAGGAGGGCGUGGUCACCACGUGGAACAUUGAGAAGCAGUACGGAUUUGUGUCCAUCACCAGCGGGAAGCCGGACGCGUUCUUGCACACCGACAACAUCUUGGACCGCGGGCUGCGGGAGGAGGUGAAGACAGAGGGUCUGAAGCGCGGUGAGCGCAUCACAUUUGACCUCGAGGCGCCCGAAACGGGCAAGGGGAAGAUGGUCGCCAUCAACAUCGAGCUCGGCCGGGGCGGCGGCGGCGGCGGGGGAAGGAGGGGCCGCUCCGGCUCCCGGCGCCGGGCCCGCUCGCUGAGCCGCAGGCCGCGGCACCGCAGCCCGUCGCCCAAGCGCCGGUCGAGGAUCGGGGGCGCCGCAGCGAGAGCCGUCCCAAGAAGGGCCGCAGCCGCAGCAGCCGCAGCCGCAGCCCCAGGCGGCGCCGCAGCGGCAGCCGCUGAGCGCGAGAGGGGGGGCGGGCGGCCGCGAGAGGACGGGAGGCGGCCGCGGCGCGGUGCGUGCCGUAGGCCGUGA